AUGGAAUGCAACCUGUACCAACUUAUGAAAGACAGGGAGAAGAUGUUUUCUGAGGGUGAAGUUAGGAAUUGGUGUUUUCAAGUUUUCCAAGGUCUUGCUUAUAUGCAUCAGCGUGGAUACUUCCACCGUGAUCUGAAGCCUGAGAACUUGCUGGUUAUCAAGGAUAUCAUAAAAAUUGCUGAUCUUGGCCUAGCACGUGAGAUCAGUUCAGAACCACCCUACACUGAUUAUGUCUCCACACGCUGGUAUCGUGCUCCUGAAGUGCUACUUCAAUCUUAUGUGUAUAGCUCCAAAGUUGACAUGUGGGCAAUGGGUGCUAUAAUGGCUGAACUAUUGUCUCUUCGUCCUCUUUUCCCUGGUGCCAGUGAAGCGGAUGAGAUCUACAAAAUAUGCGGUGUGAUAGGCAGCCCAACUAUUGAAUCAUGGGCUGAUGGGCUGAAACUUGCAAGGGAUAUAAACUAUGAGUUCCCACAACUUGCUGGUGUGCAUCUUUCGGCACUGAUACCAUCUGCGAGUGACGAUGCAGUCAGCCUUAUCAGGUCGCUUUGCUCAUGGGAUCCCUGCAAGAGGCCAACAGCUGCACAGGCCCUUCAACAUCCCUUUUUCCGGACUUGUUUUUACGUUCCUCCAUCCCUUCGUACUAGAGCAGUGUCGAGAACUCCUCCAUCUCAGCAAGGGGUUAGGAGAUAUUCUAGCAUGUUACCUAAUUCAAAGCUCACCAAUAACUUCUCUUCUCCGAAAUUACAUCUUCCUUUAGCUUUGGAUACGGUGAAUCAGAAUGAAAGUAAGAAUGAGAAGUCCAUGAAUACUGUUCAACAAUCAAAAUAUCGACAGCCUGGAAAGGAAAGCCCAACUUCUAUGAAUCUUGGUAGCCGCCCAACUCCAAUGAAGGAUGGAGUUAAUUGGAUUUCUGAAUCUGGAAACUUCAUGCUGAGAGCUGCACAGCCGAUCCUCACCGGAAGAAUUUUCAGUUAAAAGGUUGCUGGAUGAGGAUUGCGUUACCGUUACCGUU